AAAAUUGCAAGUGCAUGCUUUUCCUUUAAUAUACCACUUUCACUGAUCUGACUACCAGGAAUGUAACAGUAUAAAUUGGCAGCAAUCAUCCCUCGUGCCCAAUUAUGAGCCACCAAUUGCUGCAUGCAGUUGUGGAUCCAAGCAUUUUUGUGAUCACCUUGUCAUGUCAAUGUCACUGCAGUGAAUCUUUAAAUAAUAGAGUAUAAAUUAUGUCAAUUUAUUAUGGCUUAACUACUUUUUUCUUCUUAAUGUCUGUCAUACAUAAGACGGAUUCUGGUAAAGUCACAGCAGCUAUUAUAACAUGGGAAGGAAGUGACCCAAGCUUGCUGUCCGUGAUGUUAAACAGCCACAUUGAUGUUGUUCCAGUAUUUCCAGUGAGUUUACUCAGUUCAAUAGCUACCUAAGAAAAAAGUAAGACCAAACUUUUUUUGAAACUGAAAAGUAAACAUUGCUGCAAAAUUUUUGUGAGAUCCUUAUUAAGGACCAAUUUUCUUUGAGGAUUUUUUUCAAUAACAACAGGCCACUCAGGCCAAUUAUAGCAUCUGAAGUAAAAGGAAAAAAAAUCAACCACUGUAACUUACAUGUGGUUAGUAAGUGUAGUAGGUUUGUCUGAAGUUUGGUUAACGUGCUUGAAGAGCCUGAGUGGGCAAAACUGUCAUAAGACAGCUCACUAAAUUGACCAGUCACAGAACAACACUGUAAGCCGGCCUCUUCCCUUUAAAUCUAUGAAUAUUCUUUACCAGACAUCAGUGAUAUGAUUGCUUAGAGAGCAUAGAUGAAACUGAUACCUAAACUUACUUUGUUAUCGUAGGAACACUGGACUUAUGAUCCUUUCUCUGCGCACAAGACUGAGAAUGGUGAUAUUUAUGCCAGAGGAACUCAGGUUUGCAAGUUGCAUUUAACAAAAAUUAUUAAUAUCACUAAUAAGAUAUAUAAAUUCCUUCUACAGCAUGUCAGGAAAAUUGUUUUGGGGAAAAUUCAAAUGUACACAGUUUUACCUCCUAAAUCCUUUAAGUUGUCCUUCCAUCAUUAAUGUACUGUUUAAGUUUGCCAACUUAGGCACAGUGUUCUAUUUAAACCUUUAACAUGGGCAUGCAUACUAAAAUGGAAUUCAAGGCAAAAUAUGAAAAAUGGUAAUUUGAAUAUGACAAAUUAUAAGUUUUACUGUUGGUGAUUCAUUGUAACAGAUAUGUGUAGUUGAUUUAGAGCCUUUCUAAAUUUAUUUCUGAUUCAAACAUUUCUUUUCAGGAUAUGAAAUGUGUUGGCAUCCAGUAAGUGCUCAAGAAAUUGUGGUAACUUAAACAGUCUUAUAGCACUUCCUGUACAUUGUAGUGUUGUAGGAUAGAUAAACUGUAUUUUCUUCUACCAGUUAUUUCAUUUAUUCACCAAGCAUAAGGCUAACAUGGCUAGACUUUGGCCUUUUUUGUAUUUGUUUAUGUUCAUCAAGGUUUAUUUUAAAUAAUAUGGUCUAGAGAAAAUUUUUUCUUGAGGUUACAAAGUGGGUGACCUCAUGCAUCAUGCCUGCUUGGUAAGCCAUUCAGGUUCCAAGAUUCCCUUUAUCUUUUCCGAUCCCUACUGAGCAAGUCAAAUACUGUGUCAUCAUGAUCAAAUUCCUAAAGACGUCAUUAAUAAAUGCUAUGAAGAAGGUGGUACCUUACAGUUUUUUAUUUAAUAUUUGUCUUUCAUUUGUUCACAAAAGGUACAUAGAGGCUGUUAGAAAGUUACGGUCUCAAGGAGUAACCCUUCGCAGAACUGUACACAUGACUUUUGUUCCAGGUAACUUUUGAAUUAAAGUUAGUGUAGAGCAUUUUUUUUUAAGGAAAAGCUAUAGUCAAUAGAAGUGUCAUGCAUGGAGCAAUGUCUUUCCCCUUGGAUGGUGUGGUGGGGAGAGGGUUGGACAGAUUAUACCCAGGAUUUUGAUGAGAUCUACAUGUUAGCCAGGGGAUUUUAACUUCCUUAUGACCCUGGUACAGUGUGAGGAUUUGUUUGGCAGUGCACCAUCUUGGUAAAAACUGACAAGGCUGGUACCUUUGUUAAUAUGCUCACCAUAACAAGAUGGCAAAGGAACUCGACAUAUUCUGUCUGCAAUAAAAGUUAUAUCUGCAUCCAGAGUUUUUUUUUCAUAUAUUUUGUUUAAUAUUCAUGCCAUAUGCAGCAUUACUAGAUCCGUCACAUGAUUGCUGUGUACCAGGGCCUGUAAAGAUUUCUUUGUCCCCAAUCAGUUUAUCCAAAUGCUCUAUUAUUUUCUUUGCCUGAGAUUCACUCAGAGUUUGAGGAUUUUGACUGUUUGGGGCUGAAAUAACGAUUCAAAUAAGAGGAAGAGAUUCAGCAACUUCGGCGUGAAAAAAAAAUGUUGAUAGAUAAUAAGGGGCAUAUGCUGUCACAAUCUUGAAUAGUUUUGCAUUAAGGAAAGGUUAGAAGAAACAUUUGAAGAACCAAACAAACAGAUCUUCAAACUUGGUUUUAUAAUAAUUCUUUAGCUGGGAGGUAUAACUAUGGAAAAUAAAACUGACAGUUUUGCAACAGCCAAGUCAUUGCAUACUCAAAGUACUUCUACUGUGUGAACCUUGACUGACAUAUUUUCUUUCUUUUCAUUAUUUUGGUUACCAGAUGAAGAAAUUGGAGGAUCAAGUGGAAUGAAUGUAUUUGUGGGAUUGGAUGAUUUUAAAUCUUUGAAUGUUGGCUUUGCUUUGGAUGAAGGUAUGACCUUGGGUGCAUCAUUAGCUCUAAAAGGCCACAUGGUUCCUUUCUCUAUCCAUAAUCUUUUUAUUCAUUGCUUUUAUUCAAUUCCAUCAGGGCUUGCAAACCCAACAGAAGCAUUUACAAUAUUUUAUGGAGAAAGGGGAGUAUUGUGUAAGUGACCGAAUUUCAGUUAUUAAUUUAUUAAAAUGUACUUUGAAAUGAUUGCAGUUUUUUGCUGUUAAUAUUGAUUUUUUUCAUUAUUAUGUCAACUUAGGGGUAAAAGUGACAUGCAAAGGUUCGCCAGGGCAUGGGUCCAGGUUUAUUGAGGGUACUGCAGGUGAAAAGAUGGUAAGUUUUGGCAGUCAAGUAGUCUCCUAUGUAGCCAUUUUUGUCUCAUCACUCAGAGGUUUGUGUGACAAGACAAAAACAGCUGCACAGGAGACUAUAUAGCAGUUUUGCAUGUUGGUUACAGUUCUAUGUUAGAUCCGCGAUAUAAUCGUAAAACUGAAGGUUUACCAGCUCACUUUAAUCAAGGUUGUGCUCUAGAGCAUCCUAAAAGCUCUUCUACUACAAAAUUUAAUCUUGGAUUCUAAGCCUUAAUGUUUAGUGGAAAAGAUAAUAGUUACAGCCGAAGCUCUCAAAAGCAACCACCUCGGAAAUUUCGAAAGAAGUGGUCGUAACCCAAGCUGGUCACUUACGAGAAUGAGCUCUCGUAAGCAUCUGCACAGUAAAACAUUAUAGGGUGGUCACUUGCGAGAGCUCUAGAAACUCAUUAAUAAUUCAUAAAUAUAAAACAAAAGAAAUUAAUGUUUGAUGAGCGUCUUUAUAUCUGAUAUAGACACGGCUAAACUUUACGUUCAAUGCUUUAGACCAUCAGCGUAAUGUGUAGUUUCAUUAAACUGUUGAUUGAUCGUGAGUUAUAUGAAUAAGACUCUGAAAGGUUGGUUACAAGAGCUUUAAAGUCCAGUUGGGUAAUCCCAAAAGUGGUCGCAGUCUCCAAGGGAGCCGUCGCUUAUGAAAGCUUUUCAUUACAAAGUUUAAGUCACUGCAUUCAAACGAGGUUUCACAAAGGUGGUUGUAACUAGAGCUUGGCAGUUAUGAGAGUAGUUGCAAGGAGAUCAGGUUUUGAGUACUGUAUUCCCUUGUUACUCUGUAUGAGUCCUUAAAGCAAAGAAAAGUAUAUGUUGCCAAAGAAUUUCAUCAGGUACGCUAGAGCAUAACCCUCUGUAUGACUUAUUUCAUACUUUUUUUAUAUUGUACUUACCAUGUCUCAUCUCUGACUGACUAAGAGCCCCUAGUACAAUUAAUUUUGGAAGUUAGCACAACCUACAGCGUGGAUGAGUGACUUACCUGUCAUGUCCUCAAUAUAUAUCUUUUAUUGUAAUUUUGGUUUACUAGUUGACAAUACUUCUGAUUUACACUUUGGUUCAACCGUCAUUUUGAACUCUAAGUUACAUAUUACAUUAGAGAGUGAAUUAUUAUUAUAAUUAUUAUAAUUAUUAUUAUUAUUAUUAUUAUUAUUGUUUGGAUUGAUAGUAUUCUCAGUUGAUUAAUGUUUUCCUUGUUUACAGAGUAAAGUAGUUCAGUCAUUUAUGGCCUUCAGAGAAGAACAGAAGAAGAGGUAUUUAUACUCGUUUCUUUCUUCUUUUAAUCGACUCCCCCUUGUAUUCUCUUAAAAAGGAUGUCAGUAUUUAGGGGUGUGACUUCAUGACUCCAUUUAAUAGAAAACAGGAUCUCAGUAUUUAAUCUUUUAGUGCCUAGUGUUGUGCCUAUCAUAUUCUGUAAAAAAAUGUACAGGAAAUGGUGUGCCUCACUCUCUAUCAAUAGUAUUAAUUUCUGUGAAAUGUUGUUAUCAUUUCGUGAAAGAAUUAGUUGAGAGAAUUUGAUGAAAGAUCUAAGCAUGUUCCCUUUGGUGAUCAUUUUUUCAAAUCUCCUGACCUUUUCUCUUGAUUAUGAAUUGAUAUAGCAGAUAUAGUCAGGGGAAAAAUGAUCUUGAUUUCUCUUGGGACUUGCCAAGGGUUAACGGACCCUCUGCUUCAUAGCUCUGUCCCAUAUAAUGCCGUUGUAGAGAAGUGAGAGAAGUAUUCUAUUCUUAUUUGGAGAAGUUUUCAUAUUUUACCUAUAAAAUAAGUUUGCCUUUGGCUAACACUUACGGUGAAAGGUCUGUGUACAACCACCUCCUGCCCUAAGAAAAAAUCUGAGAAGAGUGGGCGGCUAAAUGACUGAUGCUGAUUUUUUUUUUCAAGGUUAAGUGCAAAUCCUGAUCUAAGACUAGGAGAUGUGACCACAACUAACUGGACUAUGACUGAGGUUAAGUGUCUUGGAUUAAGUGCCUUGUAAUGAUUUGUCUUCUAAAUCCUCCGUAAUGAUUUACCGUCUUUCACGAGCAAGUAGCCUGUUGAAUUCUUGCUCAACAGGAUGUACAGCUUUAUGCAAUGCAGAAUUUUAUAAUGCCUGCAGUGCAGGUGUAAUCUGUUACACCCCUUGAUAUGGGCUUUGCUAGUAUUGUUAUGUAAUAAUUCUUUUCAGUAUAUCUUCUGCAGCAGUGAAGUGUAAUACAACAGUCUAUUUUCUGUAAGAGACUUAAUCUCCGUCAACACGUAUCCAAACGGAAUUUUUUUUUCUCGGUUUUCGAAAAAUACGCGUCCACAUGUAACGUAUUUCAAUCGUCGCGAAAGCUGGAAAUACGAUCGAUAGCAUCCCUCACAAGGCAUGCGCUGUACGAUGUAUGGCAUCAUCUUAUUCGAAAACCUGCGUUUGCGUCUGUCCACACGAAAACGCUAAGCGCGCGUUUCCAAAAACUCCACUCUGGGGACCCUUUUCAAAAAUAUCCGAAUACGUGUGGACGGGGCCUUUUAAAAAUAUACAGGGUAUUAACCUCUCUCUGUUGACUGUUGGUGUAAUAUCAUUGCAAUCAAAUGAGUAACCUUGUUACUGUUUGGAUCCUAGGGAGGAGUUCAGCCCAACGUGAUUCCAACGGAAAUGUCAUCAGGUGUGAUAUACUUAUUGCUAAGAGAGUUACAAACUAGACCGAUUAACAGCGGUAUUAUCCCGUUUGUCAAGAAUGCGAACCCUUAUCAAACGAAAGGGCUAGGGCCUAAGGUUAUGUUGACACUAUACCAAAUAGCUCUUGCACCGUAGCGAAACCAUCCCGGAUAGUACUUCUGUUCACACAUAAGUACGGUGAUUUCGGCGCAAAUUCUGUAACGGUGUGAGGCUGCUCCGCUUCGAUCUCGAAAGUGGAGCGUCACUUAUUGGAUAGGAGCUGUGCCACACUUUGGUGCGGUGUGAACAGGUAUUCGAACCGUCACGGAAGUGAAUAAGUAGGAGCGAGGACUGGAACCCACUAAGACGAAGUGAAUAUUCGGGAGUGAGGACUUGGAUUUAGUUCACCGUUGUUUAUCCUCUGUGGUUACUCACCCAAUACCACUGUACAACAACAGUGGCCUUCGUCUAUAAAGUUCCACAACUAUCGCGACGUCGAAUGGACUAGUGAGUUUCAGAAUUCCCUCUGUUUAUUGCUGUUUCUUUUUAAAGAAAAGUUUUGUUUAGGAAAUUCAGUUGCUUCUUUAAAACAAAGUAAGUGCCCUGUCCCGAACCAGUGCUCUAUCUCGAAUAAGCGCCUUCCCAUGUAGGCUACCAAAAGUAAAAAAGCUCCCGGGCGCUAUAUCGAAUCAUUACUUAAAAACAACGAGCUUUCCUGGUUACAAGUAAUUUUCCCAACUUAUAUCCAACUACAACUAAUAAUUACAACCAACCUUAAUGGUGGUUAUUUAAUGACAGCGGUGAAAAGACCCAAGCAUUCAACCUGUCUAGUAUUCUAGCUAUUCCAUUCUUCUUGUUUUUUCCUUCAGGUGGCGUGCGCCAUCUUUAAUAACUUUUGUUUACUUCUAAUUUUAGCAAAUUUUUCUCCUUUCAGUGUUUGAUAUUCGGGUUACUCCAACAAUGAAACUUGAGGUAUUCAAAAGGCUGAUUACUGAUCAGUAUCUCUGUUAGUCGGAACAAGUGAAAAGAAAGGCCCGUAUUUUUUGUUUAUUGAUUCAUUUAUUUAGUUUUGGAUUAUUUAUGUAUUUAUGUAUUUAUUUUUCGCGUUUGCUCUUCUUUUCACACCUUCCGAUUAACUUAGAGCGUAGUUCAGGCUACAUUUUGUAAUAGGUAUUUAGCAGCAGUUUUAACACUGGAAAUUAACGACCUUAUUCACCAAAAAAAAGUUUUGAUUUCUCCUGAUUCCCGCUUUAGUGAUAAACUAACUUCUUGGGCUAACUAAUGAGUACAGUGAUCAGGGUUAAGCACUAACUCGAAAUGGUUGGCUUUCAUUUACUUUUAGGGUUGUCGCUAUAAGAUCUGUAAAUGAAAAUUGGUCUGCUCAGCAAAUCUACCGUGUUUUAGCGGUAUGGGCAAUGGACGCGCAGGAUCGAUUCCUUACAAGCCCACUUUGACAGUUUUUCUUCUUAAAAUUUUUGAAGAGACUUAGUAUUUCCAUGAAAAUUUAAGUGAGAGGUAAUGGUCGGUUUAGAGGAUGGAAACGAUUUAUAACCAUCACGGCUACAUUUUAUUGCGUGAGCUAAUGAGGUGUCAAAAAGGCAAAAGACGUUUGUUCAAUGCUUAUGAUAUAAUUAUCAUAAAGACACGACAUUUUACGUGGGCCACUUAUUGAAACAGACCUUGAGCCAGUGCUUGAAGAGAAACUGAUUUCUAAGCCUUUAUUUUUUGACGGAAAAACUUUGAAAGUGAUCGUGGUCUGAUCAUUUAAGGUCGUCCUGUUUCUUUUAACUUCCCUGUUAAGCCUUUAAGACCCAAGAGUGACCAACAUCAAUUUUCUCCUAAAAAUAUCAAUACAUUAUCAAAAGACAAGGUUAUGAGAUUUAAUAAAAUGAUCACCUCAGGGAAAAUGCUUUGAUCUUUUAUCAAAUUCUCCCAACUAAUUCGUUAAGGAAAUGUAUGGAGAUCAGUUUGGAGAAUUUGUAAGUGGAUAUCGGGGUUAAAGGAGCUGUGUCACGAAAUUAUCAAAAUUAUCAAAAUUCAAACGGAGGGAACUGCCGCCAAAUUGAGUGAAACAUUAAAAUAAUCGCUCAAAAAUCUAGAAGAAGGUAUAACUGACACAACAAAUACAAAAGGAGGCUUCGGAUGGAUAAACUUGAUGAAGAUUGAAACGGAUUGCAGUUGUGGUUUUUGAAAACUUGCAAGCCUAACAGUUUUUCGAAGUUCAUUUUUGUUGUUUGUAUCGAUUGAUAUAAUGCUCGGGAUACAUGUUCAGUUUGACGCAAAGCUGUGAUUUAGUCAUUCACAGGUAAUUUCUCAGCUUUCAUAGCGAAUACGCUCGAAUAAGAACGGGUAGCCGGCCCUAUAAACAAAAUGAACUAUAAACAGCCGAAUGUCUUUAAAUUUCCGGACUUAACUGUUCAAAGACUAGCUCAGUCGGUAUCGCGCUGAACUGCAGCGCUGGAGGUUAUUGGUUUGGAUUCCUGUGUCAACCAGAAAUUGGGGUAUUGAGAAAUGAAUUUACUUACUUUGCCCUGCGAAAGCCAAGAUUUAUUCAUGAUACGGAUGAACUGGGAGAAGUAGCAAAGGAGACGCAAAAACUGUGUCCGUAAUUAGCACUUAAUGCUUCUUUUUUUCCUUUCAUUUACUUAGGAGGUUGAAAAUAAAGUUAAACAGUGGUGUGUAGAGGCGGGAGAAGAUGUAUCAUAUCAGAUCCUACAGGUAUUUAGUAUACUCCCCACUUUCCACGUGCGUCAUGAUAUACAAGUUGAACCUCUAUUAAGCAGCCAUUAAACUCAUCACCAAUAGAUGAGCUUGGGCGUUGGUGCCUUCGAAGUUGGUGGAGCCGGGCAAUGCACUAGCAUGAGGAGGAGGUAUCCAUGGCAACCCUGCGAGCGGCCCCCACCCAACCGGGAUCUCCUUGGUGCUUGAAAAAGGAGGGGCCAGCGAACAAGGGAGAAAUGGAACCUCCGACUCCAACAACCCCAAGCACCAAGCGCAGCAGUUGCAUCGAAAAACAAACACUUACCAAUUGAAAGCAGCUGACAGGGAGAGCAACACCCAAAAACUGCAGUGCAAGCCCCGAGCAAUUUGAUGCUAAACUCGACCGCAAUGUAGAAGGAGCUGUGAAUGACCAACGGCAAGGACACACGAUGUCAAGCCAGCUGACCAGAGAAGCCCGCAAGAGCUUCCGACGGCGUGCGAAUAUAAAGCUGGUAUGCGUUGCUAGUCCAACGUCCAAGAGCCUGAAUCAGGUGAUCAGGAAUGCCGUUGCGAGCUGCUACCGUGGCUGCCCCAAUGCGGAAGCUGUGGCUGGAGAAAUUUCCCUCAAUCCCCGCGGUAGAGAAAAUUUGCCGCAGCCAAUCGAUCAAAAUUGCGCGAGACAGAGGUUGACCACUCGCAAGAAGGAACAAGGGGCCAGGGGCCUUUCCUCGUAUGGAGAGGUAUGCCAGCAAAGCGUGCACUGCGCAGAGGGGGGCCCUUCCCAGACCAAUAUGGAUGUGGCAGCCUUGACGGAACGGAUCCGUUUUCGAGGCUUUUAUCCUAACACGGAGGCAGGUUGGCGACUGGCGCGAAUCCACUGCGAUGUCAGCCACUGAAAGAUGAAUAGCUGGAGAAAAGCUGGCUAAAUUGGGGACUGUAAAUUCAGCAGCACGGAGAAAACCAAAAUAACCCAGCAUGCAGGCUGCCCAAAAGGCGCAAUGAUCGAAAAGCUUGAAGUCCAACGCCCGAUGAAUGACCAAGAGAAGGCUGUCAGUAAUCGGAAGGCGCUGAGCAGCCGGGGAACCCUGGGAACGCUUGACCCCUCUCAACACUCGUUGAAGCCGCAGGCAAUUAAGCAGAGGGUCAGGAAAACCUUGUUCAAUGUGCAAGGAGCGAACUGCAGAUAAAUAAACUUUAAUAGAAGAAUGCUGAAUCGAAUCUGCAAGAAAUGAAACGAACAAACAUAAAGUCCACUCGUCUGCAGGGCAAGGCGAGCCAUUGGAGUGGAGCUUUCCAGCUUGGCGGCAAAAUUCCACGAACUUGCGUUGACCUGACGCAUAAGCUUUUCGGGUGGAAGGAGCCAGACCCUGGGCCAAGAAAUGCAAGCACCGUUGUUCUAGGGAGGAGGUGUUAAGCUGUCCAACAGGAGCUGCGGAAUCGGACAAGGGGACGAAUGAGCCUCCGGGGCCAGCUGCCUGAACUCCUGCCAACGGAAACGAGAGAUAGCAUCAGCAAUUUUGUUCUCGACCCCAGGAACAUGAGCAGCAGUGAAAGUAAAACCCCAACGCGCCGCCGAGAGCAGAAGAUCACGGAGAAGGUGCAUUAAAGCUGGAACCUUCGAAGUCCUGGUCGUGAGAAUCGCGACUACAGCCUCGUUAUCUGAGCGAAAAAGAACAUGCUUCCUGGCCCACAACGAUCCCCAAAGAUGAGCAGCAAUCACUACAGGAAAGAGUUCUUGGUAUGCAAUAGAUUGCCUGGCCUGCACCGUUGACCAGGCACCAUAAAACCACUGGCCUUGAGAAUAGGCGCCAAAGCCAAUCGCACCUGCUGCAUCCGAAGUGACCUCCAAAUCUGUGGCAGCAGACAUGCCAGGGUACAACCAGAACCCAACGCCAUGCCAAGAAGCUAGAAACUGCUGCCACCACUGAAGGUCAAGACGAAAUUCCUGGUUAAUCCGAACAGGAUGGUCCUUGUUACGGAAGCAGCACAGUAAAUCAAUAAACCGACGGAGAAAGGCCCUCCCUGGCCAAACUACUUUAGCCGCAUGGUGUAAAUGGCCAAUAAGGGACUCCAAUUCCCGCUUUCUGCACCAGCGACGGGGCAUCCACGAAUGAAUGAGUUCCCUUAGUGCAAGCAAUUUGUCCUCAGGAAGACGGGCCACUUGGUUGACGGAGUCUAAUUCAAUUCCUAAGAUAGUCAUAGAAGUGGCUGGACCCACACAUUUGUUAGCGUGAAGAGGCAACCCCAGCCGAUGGCAAACAGAGAUUGCUGUGUUAAGAUUAUAAGCACACUGGAGUGACUGUGGAGGACCUGCGGUAAUAAAGUCAUCCAAAUAAUGUAACAGAUCGGAAAGGCGAUGCUUAUGGAGAAGGAUCCAUUCAACCAUAUCAGCUACUGAAUUGAAAAUAAAUGGUGCAGAACGGAGACCGAAAGGAAGCGAGAGGUCAACGUAGAACUGACCACGCCACCUCAUGCCCAGUAAGAAGCGGUCAUCUGGAUGGACUGGGAUGUUCCGAUAAGCGGAUUCCACAUCAAAUUUUGCCAUAAGGGCACCUGGGCCAUGACGGGAGACCAUGCGAAUAACUUGAUCAACCUUAAUAUACUGCAGAGAAAAAUCCUGAGGAUCAAUGCCGUCGUUAACACUAGCACCCCCUGGGGAAGACAAAUCGACUAUCAAGCGCCACUUGCCUGGCUGGCCCUUCUUUGGAAUGACCCCAAAACUGCUAAUAUGCAAACGAGGAAAAGGGGGGGAGGCGAAGGGGCCUGCAACCCUGCCCAGGGAGACUUCAUUAGCCAGAUACGCAUCAACAAUGUGGGCAUGGAGAAGAGCAGAGGGCUUGUUUCUUUUAGCUGGCUUAAGCUUGUGAGCUGAGUCGAAGCCUAACUGAAAGCCAUGCUGGAGACCCUGGAGGACAUAAGAAACUUGUUGCUGGUCAGGAUGACUGGCCAAUUCCUUUGAAAACUCCUCCACCUUAAGGGGACUAACUGCUGAUACAGGAGGGAGAACUGGAUGAGCUGGGAAGAAAAAAGGCUAUUUUAAAAUAAGGCCGAGCCAGGCUGGAAAGGGGCAAACCAAAGAGAGAACUUUUGAACAACAAACCACAAACUCAAACAACUUGACAACUUUAUUGCAGCAAAUAUGGCCCGACCUAGCUACUGUUGACAAAAAUUAGGUAACACAACGUAAGAAGUAAUUCGAUGACUAAACGUCAGGAAACAUGGGAAAAAAAACAAAAACAAAAACAAAAACAAAAAACAAAAACAAAAACAAAAACAAAAAACAAAAAACUAAAGGCAAUCAACGCAUAUAAAAAAACAAGGCAGAAAAAACAAUCAGGAAAACAAACAAGGCACAUCCAUUAACGCCUGGUUUUCGAGGUGGACGAGGGCACGGAGGGAGGAGAAGCCGAUCUACGUUUGCGAUCGUGUGACGAUGUUUUGUCAAAACGACGAGAGCAUUCUGACGCACGGUGGGAACCUGCACAGGUGCUGCAGCGAUGGGCAAACCGACACGAAGCAAACUGUGCCGAACAGCGGCCCCUGUUCCAAGACCGGCAAAUGACCUGGGAGGAGUCAGCUCCAGAUGGUUCGGGUAGCUCGCUCAAGGAACCACCAGACCCAGAACGCACCGAGGCCCCAGCAGCGUGAAAAUUGUAAAGCUGAACGUUCAUGGUCGACCAGUCCACGAGCUUCGUCGCCGCAGCGUGCUGGCGGAAGGCCUGAUCGUAGGCCAGCCAAACACGACCACUGAACUGGCGGUACGUGCGCAGGAUGAGAAGCUUGUAAGAAGUUAAGUCUUUCCAGCGGUGCGGAAAAUAAGACGUCAGAAUCAGCGUAAAAAUUGUAAAGGCUUCGGACCAGGUCACGAUGUCCUCGAUGCGUCGACGUUGCUUUUUAGCGCUUGGCAAAAACACUAACCGGCCGUCCAGGAAUGCUUGCGAUUCCGGCUCCGUCUGAACAAUGUUGACUGACAGCAAAUCCCCCAAAUCCACGUACUUGCCGGCAACAAUUUGGCUAACCGUUUUCGCCGGAAUUGGUGAAAAACCGGGGCCAACUACAAACGGCUGUUGGAGUAGCGGUCCCGAUGGCAGGUUUGCAGCCAAGGUGCUGUCGCUGAGUGGCACCGGGACAGAAGCGCCCGCCGUGAUCGACGUGCUUAAAAUCGGCGAGCGCGGGGUUGCAAAAGUGGCAACAAAGGAUGGCACAGUAAAAUUAGGCCUACCUUGCGUGGCUGAAGGUGAAGAUAUCGCCUGUUGCUCCGGAAAGGCGCCUCCAGAAGCUAGAAAGGUCGCCGUUUGCUGCGACAAGCUGGGCGAUGGGGCUGGAACGCCCCCAAAAGCUGCUUGUGGCCCCACGCUAUCACAAUUUCCACGCAGAUUGCUCGAGCUAGAACCAGGACCUUUUUCUGCCGCUAACGAGGCUUUCACGGCAUCGACGAUUGCAGCGAUUAGAGCGGGAUAGUGGACACCAGCAGCAACAACUGGAGCGGAAACGGUCGAAGAUGUUUGUGGCGCCGUGUUUGCCACAGAAGCGAGCGACGAAGGACCAGACAACUCGGCCUGCAAAAAGGUAUCCGAUGACGAGUUCUCCCCAUCCAAUGAGCAGCCAAACUAUUGUUGGUUCGACGAGCAGUCAUUGUACAAGCAGAAAAACAGCAAGCAAGCAAAACCAAAGCACAAACUGGCACGCAAACAGCAAGCAAUUGAAACAACACUUUGCGAAGAACUGCAAGCAAGCAACUGCGUAUAUAAGUCACGAGGUGCCCCUGCCGGAGACAUCGGGCCACCCCUAAUAUAGCUGGGGAAACAGCUGACCAGCAUUGUUUCGAGGUUAACUUUGCCUAAAUUACAUUUAGCCACAUGUAAUCAAAGGCCCGAAAUAAUUGUAGAAAAGAAUGGGAACUGAAACCUCUUUAAGGCGGCCACGGCCACCUUUUGGCUCUCCAAACGAGAGUUCUAUUGUUGAAAUUAAAUUAGAGUUCUAUUGUUCUAUUAAGCGGCCAUCAAGCACUUGACACACAUAGUUUGGCUUUGGCUUCAUGAAAUAAAAGUCCGAGAUAGAAGGCGAUGACUAAUUGUGGACCGGUAAUGCUACUCCUGUCACGUGUUUGUUUCAAAAUAAAGUGAUGUUUCUGUUAAACAUUGUGCUAAAUUAUGACGAACCUCUCUUGAGCGGCUUACCUCCAUGAAGCGGCCACUUGACGGUAUCCCAGGGGUGGCCUCUUAACUUAACACUAAUAAGGCCAGGUUCAACUGUAAUAUAAAAGCCCAGUAGAAGAGUUAGCAAGUGCGGUGAGCGUUUCCGUGCGUGCAGUUCAGGUAUUAGGAAGCUUAAGCAAAGGUGUUGUUGAGCGGCGCGCGUCCACUGGUAGUAGGGCCUUUUCUCUUUUUUUAUGCCUGGACGCUACCAAAUUUGUUUUGCCAAUUGCCUUUACUGUUACAGAGACGAUCUGGCCGAAAAAGUACGCAAAACCACUGCGCAAGAAUGAAAAACUCCUCAUUCAGUUGACGUAAAUAUUUUCUACGUCGCCUGAAACAUGUUUCUUCUUGGUUUCUUCUUCAGUUUCUUACUUGUACACAACUUCUGCUUAAUAUUUUCUUCUGAGCCUUCACUUGCUCACAUCCGGAAUAAUCUCGUGAACGUUUUCAAAGUUUUGCUCCUUGUAGGACAAAACAAAUAAAACAAUUUGUCUGCGGAUUUCCUUACUCUGAUAGAUUAUGAGCUAUGACCAAUCACAGCACGCGUAGUGUGCAAAACUUAGUGUUGAUCUGAAAUGUCGGUUUCAUUAGAAAUGGACAAUUUGUAGUAUUGGCAACACAAAUAUGAAUGCUUUUCUUUUACUUUGAUCGCAGAAAACUGGAACUGCUGUGUUGACGUCAACGUCCGAAGAUGAUCCUUGGUGGAAUGCUUUCAGUACAGCUUGCACGAAAAUGUAAGUAGUAUAACAAUGUCAUGUUUUAAACCAAUUUCUGCUCUUGUUAUGACCUCGCUCUCAUGUUUCCCUUAUCCUUGAUUACGUCAUCAUCAGGAAACUAGGGAUUUACGAAACGACGACGUCGAAAGCAGCUUCUCUAAGUUCUGCUGUUGCAGCCGCCAUUGCAAUUAUUCCAGUUGGCUCCUUUUUUUAGCGGAGCCUAUGCUCGACAGUAAUUGAUUCGAUUUUGUGGAGCUGAAUUGCCGAGGCUGCAUCCAAGUUUAGUACAAGAAAUGCAGCCUCGGCAAUUCAGCUCCACAAUAUCGAAUCAAUUACUGUCGAGCAUUAUGCUCGACAGUAAUUGAUUCGAUUUUGUGGAGCUGAAUUGCCGAGGCUGCAUCCAAGUUUAGUACAAGAAAGGCCGUCGUCGUGUCUUGACGUCUCUUUCGCGAGACUUCGCACGGCAAACUGGAAAAAAUGGAGCUUAAAAGACUAACUUUUAAAACACGUUUUAAGACUAAUAUUGGAGCUCAAAUCUUUGGCGGGUAACUGUGCUGUUUCAGGCGGAUAAAUGUCUUCUGACUUUUGUUCCAUGCAGACUAGACACUGUUUGUGAUAAACAAAGUGUAGGUACUAAGAUAGCCAAAUUAGAAAUGACUUUGACUCGUUUUUGCUAAACAUCAGCUCGACUCCGUCUUAACAACCGAUCCUCUGUUUUUGGACGUUAUCUUUGCUGUCGUUGACUUAGGUCCGUAAGGUCUCCUUCUUGUCGAUGAUGACAUAGAUUAAGAGAGAGCGAUUUUGAGCGACGUUACUAUUGUUAAAGGUAUUUAUUUCUUUUCUGAACUGCCUCAGCAAAUCAGAUCAGAGUUGACCUUUCAAUCCACCACAAGCUCAAAUAUUGCAAGUCUUUGCAUGUAUUUGCACAUGUUCCCACACUAAGAAUUUAGUACCAUUUCCAUUCUCUCCCCACUUACAACUUUCUUUAGAGUUAGCCUGCCCGCAUAGCAGUUGUCGAAAGGGGAUUAGGAGGCUAUUUCCUGAUUGUAUAUUGAUUGAUAUAUAGUUUUCUCUUUAGUUAUACGGAAGAUAUAUGCCAUAUGAGACUUAUUUUACCAUGACAAACGAAAAAAGGACUUCUAACAUUCUAAUAAUAUAGUGAUUAGUAGAUAGCUGAAGAGUUUAAUUUUGUGGAUUUUUUUUUCAGGGAAAUGAAAAUAGAGAAAGAAAUUUUUUCCGCCGCAACAGACAGUCGUUUCCUUCGUGAGGUAACAAAACAUUUGACAUCAGAUACUGUAUUUGCUAAUAAUUUAAGUUUAGAAAGUAGCUAAGCACUCCCUUCUUUGUCCUAAGUGGGUAUAUGUUGCCGACCAGGGUAUGAAUUUCGGGUGACUUGAGCCUGAGACAGGGUGUGCAGUUUAACUCUUUAGCAUCUUGUUCAGGAUGUUUUUCUUGUUUGGCUCACGGUCUGCAUCCGAGUUGCGAGUCUUUGUUUAUACUUCCAAAAAGUUCAUCAACUCCAAGUUAAAGGAAUGAAGAUGGUGUUCGUAAACAAAGUGUAAUAUUUGGGCCACGAAAAAGAUGUCUCUUGUGUUAAACAGGGUAGCGAAAUGAGCAAUCAUUGUCUUAGACAAGAUCAGGGUUUGAUGGUCUCGGUGGAACACCCCCACUCAAACCCCGGGUUUUGGGGGACGAAAGCUUCUUUGCCUAAACAUGUUUGUUUUGUUCUUCUCGUGCGUAUCUUAGAAAAACUCGUUUCCCACACUGUUGACCCAACUAUUAACGGUGUUUUAUCAAGCAUUAAUUUGUUAGUCUAUUUUGAACUUAAAAACCUUGUUUCCUCGAAAGUUCAUGAUUAUAACAAAACUCUCGAAUCUGAUUGGCUAUUAAGAGUCCUGUUAGAGCACUUAAAAUCGGUCAAUGCAAUUGGACAUAAAGCUUCAUCACGUGCUCAUGAACAUUUGUUGAGCAGAAAUUUCAUAGAACUUUUAAGAAGAGACUUAAUCCCGGACGAACAGCAAAUACAAGUUGGUGUACGGGUCCCGUACAAAUAGUCACUAAUUUGCGUUGCACUUAUUCAUAUAAUAACAGACCGAAUGCUAUUAUUUAAUCUUGUCUCCUUUUCUUUCCAGCUUGGUUAUCCUGCUAUCGGUUUUUCACCAAUGAACAACACUCCGAUUCUUCUUCACGAUCACAACGAGUUUCUCAAUGAAAAUGUCUUUCUGCGAGGAAUUGAAAUCUACUGCGAGUUAAUAACUGCUUUAGGAAAUGUGGAGCCGUUUUGA